UGCUCAGCCGAGGCACUGAGUGAGUGAGGCACACAGAGAUUAAGAAAAACAGAAAGUAGAAAGAAGGACAUGUGACACUGAAUAUGUUAUAGGAACUACCUGAGCAGUCACAUUUCUACUUUAUAUGGGAGGCAGGAAACAAGCAGCUACCUGUGGAGAUGGGGAGCACAACCCCCCCAGUGUACGUCAAUGUGAGUGCCAAGAUGGUCAACUCAUCAUCAGACCCAGCUAAGCAUGAGGAGGGUUACAGUGAGGCAACAAUGAUCCUGCUGGGCAUGAUAAUGUCCUUACUUGUCCUGUGUAUUGUCUUUGGCAACAUCUUGGUCAUUACAGCAAUCGCUCGCUUCCAGCGUCUCCAAAAUGUCACCAACUGUUUCAUCACAUCCUUGGCCUGUGCUGACCUGGUCAUGGGUCUCAUUGUGGUUCCUUUCGGUGCCUGUUACAUCAUUUUUAAGACAUGGCAUUUUGGUAGUUUCUGGUGUGAGUUCUGGACUGCGACUGAUGUGCUCUGCGUGACUGCAAGCAUCGAGACCCUGUGUGUUAUAGCUAUAGAUCGUUAUUUAGCCAUCACUUCUCCCUUCCGCUACCAGUCAAUGCUAACCAAGUGCAAGGCUCGCAUUGUGGUUGUGCUGGUGUGGGUGAUUGCCGCUUUGAUAUCUUUCCUGCCCAUCCACAUGAAGUGGUGGAUAUCAGAUGGUAAGGAAGCUAAGGAUUGCAUUGAGGACAGUAACUGCUGCGAGUUCUACACCAACAUGGCUUAUGCCAUCACCUCCUCUAUCAUCUCCUUCUACAUCCCUUUGGUCAUCAUGGUUUUUGUCUACAGCCGUGUUUUCCAGGAGGCCAAGCGCCAGCUGAAGAAGAUUGACCAAAGUGUUGGACGUUUUCAUAGCAGUGACAACAGCACCCUCAAAUCUCUGGAGGCAAAUAAUGGGCGUGCCCACAAGAGGGCUAAGUUUUGCCUGCGGGAACACAAGGCCCUAAAGACACUGGGCAUCAUCAUGGGAAUCUUCACUCUGUGCUGGUUGCCCUUCUUUCUGCUCAAUGUGGUGGUGGCCAUAUGGAAGGUGGAGGACAUUGACCUCACCUUCAGGAUACUCAACUGGAUAGGUUACGCAAACUCUGCCUUCAACCCACUCAUUUACUGCCGGAGUCCUGAGUUCAGGUAUGCAUUCAAGGAAAUCCUCUGCAUGAAGAGGAACCGCCUGAGCAACCCAGGGCCUGUGAAUGGAUACAUCUACAGCAGGCACAGCUGGCAGAGCGAGCAACAAGGGAGGAGUAAGGGCAGCUCAGAAGACAGUGACGCCACUGAAGGGUGCCUGGGGAAACGAGCGGCGGGGGUCUGCAGUCUUGUGGACAGAGCGGCGGACCCUAACGGCAACUGCAGCAAAGGCCAAACAAAUGUUACGACUGUCCUUUAAACUUGGAGCUCUGAGACUUCUGUCAACAGGGCGAACCAGACAUGUCUACACUGCUUUCAUAAGCUUUUUUCCAAUUGACUAAUGAAGGUAAGGCCAGUCGAACUGACUGGCAGAGUAUCCGGAGACUGCUUUAAAGAAACAGUUGCAAUCAUGUUCAGCUGCGGAAAGUAUUUUUUUCCUCUUCAAACACAGUUAAAACAUAGUGCAGGUAGAUCACUUUUCCUUUUGUUACAUUUAUUGUAUUGAUUUUACAUCUACCUCAUCACAUCUUUUAAAAUAUUUCUCUCUUAACUGACGAUCUAAACUAUUUAAAACAACUCACUGUCCACAGGGUUUACACCCAGCUGUACUCAACCAAAUGGUCUGUGGAUUAAAUAAUUGUUAAUUAUCUGGCUCUGGAUGAGACCACAUUUCCAUCAGAAAAUGGACAUUAAGGAUCAAAUGUAAUGCUUCUUUGGUGCUUUAUUUUGAAGAAAUACAUUCCAGUUCAACCAAAAUAAUAAUUUGGUUUCAUUUUUGGUUUCAAUUUGUUUUUUUUGUUUUUUUUAAUGGAAUGUCUGAGUCUGAAAGAUGAUCAACAACAGGUGUGGCAGAACCUGUCUCUCUCUCUCCUCACUGCUCAGCAAUGUUGUGAGGCCCUGCUCCCGGCUCUAGUGUUUUACAGCCUGUUGCAUGGGAGUUUCCUUUGCCAGCAGGCAGCACCAGAGAUAUCAAUGUUCACAGUUAUCUACAUUUCACUGGUGCAAGCUGAGAAACUUCUGGGGCCAUUCUGUGUGCGUCAGAUGAUAAAACUUGCAAGUUUGUAUAAGUUGUAUUGGCCAGAUUUCAUUAUCAUAGGCCUAAAGAUAUCUAAUAUUUUUUAGUGUGAAGCAAAUAACAUGAUGUUAAAUGAGGUUAAUCCUGGAUAUUGAACUUUUUCAGCUAUUAUAUUUAUAAAUUCCGAUGCAAUUUUCUUUUGAACAUUUGCUACUGCGUGUCUUGUAAACCACUGUUUGGUACAUUAUAUAGUAUAUACGUGUAAGGCAAACUAUUAGUCUUUCCUGUCCCCUCUAUGUGCCAGUAGCAGUAACAGUUGUUCCUUUUGUUGCACAAACCCUGUUUGUUUUUAUAAUUUUGUGGUUGCUGUGUUUCAGCAUGUACAAGGUUUACUGAAACCAGAGAAGUUUCCUUAGCCAUGGCACAAGGGUUCAAACCAAACACAAUAAUAAACAGUGCGUUGAAACAGCCAAGUGAUAACAAAGUUCCAGGCCCGAGAUGCGGUGGUGGUGACUAGUCAGGCCAUUAAACAGAGAUGAGAAAAACAGAAAAACAGUGCACCUUUGUCAGUGCUCCCUGACAUUUCCCAGAGUCUCCUCACUGUAAACGGAUGUCUGGAUCUUUACGAAAUCAGUUUAAUAUUUGAAUAAGACACUGGGCAGUGUCUCAGCUGUUCCAGUUGUUUCAGUCAGUUUUAGUCAGUCUCCUGUAGACGCGUCUUGCUGUACAGUCUUCAGGAAAUGCCCCAAUCCAGCUGAGCCCAGCCCAAUAAACACGAAUAAAUCCAUUAACCCAGCUGUUUAGCUGGAGAAUCAGAUAGGGCCUGACUAAAAACAACACAGACAUAGAUUACGAAGUAUACAUUUCCCAAUUUACAGAUCGUGAUAAGACUUUCUAUCUUAUCGCUGUCUUAAAAUCACAGGCUCCUGGGAAUAUCCCUUUUUGACUUAUGCAAGCAUCAAUGGAGAAUGAGCAUGUAGCAAUUAGGGCUUUCAUUGGACAUUUCAUCCCACUUUUCCCACACUGAAUACCUUGCAACAUCAUUACUCUCAAGAGGAGUAAUGGAGGUGUUGCACAGAUGUAAUCCCUUUUUCCCAGUCAUUUUGCCGAUCUCUGGUAUGUUCUGAUCAAAGUGACAGCAUGCUAAAUGUGGCCAAUGAAGGCAGCAGGGGGAGCAGGUGUUCUCUGCCGGUCUAAAUCGGUGUUAGUGACCUGUGUUUUAGUGCAUGUGGCGUUGCCUCUGGAAUAAGGUCAGCUGACGCCGUCAAAACUGUGAACUUUGUUCCCUCAGAGAAAUCUCUAUGUACUGUAUCACUAGGUUUAGUCAGCGCUGUUGUCACAGACCUUAGGAACGGACGUAAAUACAGUGUCAUCAUACGUCAGUGUUUGCCAUGUGAAAAACAGGCCUUCCAGUAUGUUGAUCUUUUUUCUGUUUUUCUUUUUCAUGGAUUUACAGCAAAGUAAAUGCAGGGGUUGAAUGUCAUUACAAAUGUUCUCCAGGGUUUUUCCCCCCAGCAUUUUCACUGCAGAGCAUGCACAAAGCACAAAACAGAUCAGGAUAAUCAAGAUAUUUAUUCACUCAGAAUUAACGGAGGCAUUGACAAUAUAUAAAUGAGUCACUGCUGGAUUUAAAAAGGUCUUUAUUUAAACCAUCUGUUAUUUUUAGACAAAAUGAUGGUUUGCAUGUCUGCUAUAUAUUUAUGGUGAUGUGUUUGUGGAUUUUGGUGACAUUUCUUUUCAAAGUGAUCUGUUUUAGUCUGAGUGGAAUAGGUUGUGAACUAUAUAUCCACACUGCUCCCUCCUGGCAGUGGCCUUUCCUUGCACCUCAGCUGUUUCCGACGUAUUAAUGGUUAGUCUUUCAUCAAUACGCUUGUAUAAUAAGGAAUGCAAAUUCAUGUCUUCGCUUCCUCUUGCUGGGGGACACCACACAGUUAUGCCCAUUGUGUCUUGAAUGAUUAGCUGACACUACAACAUUCCAAGUACAGCUGAUGGUUGGGAACCAUAUUCAAUUGCCUACCGAUGCAGACAAUGUCAGUCAGUUCUCCCAACAAAGUCUAGCCCCAGAUUACCACUGGUCUGCUAAAAUAAAAAGUUUUUUUAAAAAGUGGAUUCUGGGUUACCAACAAGUCUUAGAGGGUAUAUUAAAAUGGGGCACAUAUAUUUUAAGUGUAAAGGAAUAUAUUCCAUGUCAUGGAUUGAAACAUUUUGAUAUGAUCAAGGCUCAGGUGGGCUAAUGUUAACGCCGUCCUCACUGAUCCACUACUCUUCCUAUUGAACAAGAACAGUUCGCUCGUGAUUUAGAUUAGGUCAUUCACCUACCUACAGCAGCACUGUAUAGCACUUUCAUGAAACAUUUGUAGAAUUUUGAACAGUUGAAUCCACGUUUGAGUUUAUGAACUAUAAAUAAAUAAUGGCUGAAGAGUAUGCCUUUGAACUUGUACCAUAAUAUUUUUGUGGAAGUUCCUUUUCCUGUUUGUGAGCAGAAAUGAAGAGUCAUGAGAAAUGGUCACUGCAGAUAUUCUGGUAAUUGAUGUAUGUAAAUGUGAAUUUUCUACAAAAGCUAAAUACUGCUUCACCUGUCAUAUGACAAGUAAACCUACCAUAUGUGAACUUCUUUUCAUGGCCAGAGUGAAAAAGUCAUCACUCAGCUGUAUGUUUACUAAAUGUUUGCAAGCUGUUUUCGCACAAGUUUUUUUCACUGUUUGUUAAGGUAACGGAGCCUGUUACAACAUGUGGUAUCCUGUGGUAUUUAUGAAAAAGCAAAAGUGUGUAUAAUGUAAUAUUUAUAUUGAAAUAAAUUAUGUAUAUGUUGCAUGUAAUGUCCACACUGAUGUGUCCUUUAUGUUUAUUAGUGAGUGGAAUAUAAAAAAAACCUAUAAGCUAUCUGAAUGC